CCGUGGUGAGACAGAGCACUGGGUCAUUAGGAGGAGGGAUGGUCUUCCUCACUGUUGUGUUGUUCUGUGCCUCAAACCGAGCGUAGAAGUUGUUCAGCGCAUCUGGAAGGGAGGCGUCACUGUCACAGGCAGGUGAAGUUGUCCUGUAGCUGGUGAUCGCCUGAAUGCCCUGCCACAUGCGCCGGGAGUCUCUGCUGUUCUGGAAGUGGCCGUGGAUUCUCUGGGCGUGUGCACGCUUCGCCUCUCUGAUGGCUCGGGACAGUUUGGCCCUUGCUGUUUUUAAGGCCGCCCUGUCCCCCGAUCUGAAGGCAGAGUCUCUCGAUUUCAGGAGAGCACGCACUUUCGUAGUCAUCCACGGCUUCUGGUUGGAGCGUGUUGUGAUGGUCUUGGAGACAGUCACAUCAUCGAUGCAUUUCCCGAUGUAGCUGGUCACUGAUGCCGUGUACUCCUCCAAGUCAAUAGAGUCACUGUUGGUUGCAGCCUCCCUAAACAUGUCCCAGUCAGUGCACUCAAAACAGUCCUGAAGAGCAGAGAUGGCUCCUGCUGGCCAGGUCUUAACCUGUUCCAGAACCGGUUUAGAGCGUCUGACGAGAGGUCUGUAUGCUGGAAUCAACAUAACAGAGAUGUGGUCUGAGUAGCCGAGGUGGGGGCGGGGAUCCGCACGAUACGCGCCGGGAAUGUUUGAAUAAACAACAUCCAGCGUGUUCGCCCCUCUCGUAGCAAAGUCCACAUACUGAUGGAAUUUAGGGAGCACUGUUCUGAGAUUUGCAUGAUUGAAAUCUCCGGCGAUGAUAAACAGUCCGUCGGGGUGAGCAUUUUGCAGCUCGCUAAUAGCUCCGUACAGCUCACACAGAGCCUCUUUAGCAUUAGCGCUGGGUGGAAUGUACACUCCGAUAACGAGAGUAGUGGUGAAUUCCCGGGGUAAAUAAAAAGGUCUGCAUCUAACAGUCACAAACUCCACUACCGAUGAGCAGUAGUUAGACACAAGCACAGAGUCCUUACACCAUGCCGUGUUGACACACACACCGCCACCGCGAGUCUUACCGCACAGAGCUGCAUUCCUGUCGGCACGAAACACGGUUAGUCCGGCUAGCUGAAUGGCGUGAAUGAUGAAGGGCGUAUCAGCGCGCUCUGCUCGGAUUGAAGUUUGGCAAGCAGCUCAUUAGCCUUCUGUUUUCGCGCCUCGCUGCUGUACUUUGAGAAAGCUGCAGAAUGUUUAGUUUCAUAAUGACGACGGAUAUUGUACUCUUUUAAAACAGCAACAGAUUGUUUGCAAACUAAACAUACUGCCUUUAAUUUGACUUCAGAGAAUAAAAACUCCUCUUGCCAAACUUUUUUAAAAUUUCUCGUCUGUGUGCCACCACCUUGAUUUCUCCAUUACUGCGUGUGUUAAUUCACUGUCAUUGAUUGACGCCGAGCAAAGCGUGCUGCACAGCACCUUUAAUUGCACAUGUACAUAAAAAAAAUCAGAUUCAUUUACAUUUAAUUUAAACAUUUAAUUUCAGUUUACUCUUUUGUAGCUCAACAAUAAAACAAACGAAAAUGUUAUGUUAAAUUAAAAAUGACGAUCUGUGUCAAAGGUAUCCCCCCUCCCUCUUCCUCUCCCUCUCCCUCUCUUCUCGGAUGGUAUGGCGGGCCAAAUCAAAGGUUACCACGGGCCAAGUUUGGCCCACAGGCCCUAGUUUGGGCAUCUCUGCUCUAGAAGCAUUUCAUCAUUGGUGUGAGUGCGACGGGACGAUAGUCAUUGAGACAGGAAGAGACUAUAGACUUCUUUGGCACAGGGAUGAUAGUCAUUGUCUUGAAGCACGUUGGGAUGAAGGAGCUGCUCAGCGAGAUGUUGAAGAUGUCAGUGAAGACAUCUGCUAGCUGCUCUGCACACUCCCUGAGCACUCUGCCAGGAAUGUUGUCUGGUCCAGCAGACUUCCAUGGGUUAACUCUGCAUAGAGUUCUCCUCACGUCAGCCGUGGUGAGACAGAGCACCAGAUCGUUAGGAGGAAGGAUGAUCUUCCUCACUGUUGUGUUGUUCUGUACCUCAAACCAAGCGUAGAAGUCAUUCAGUCAUUCAUGUGUGUGUGUGUGUGGAAUUCAAUUCAAUUCAAUUCAAUUUAUUUUGUAUAGCGCCUUUUACAAUGAACAUUGUCUCAAAGCAGCUUUACAAAAGAAGAAAACAGAGAAAGGGGAGGGGAAAAUGAAAAAUAAUAAUAAAAAAUAAAAAAUAACUAAUUAACUAGAAAUAAGAAUAAAUUAUUCAGUUCUAUAAUUAGACUAUUUUAUCCCUAAUGAGCAAGCCUGUGGCAAGGAAAAACUCCCUGGGAUGGAAAGGAAGAAACCUUGAGAGGAACCAGGCUCAGAAGGGAACCCAUCCUCAUUUCUGGUGACACUAAACAGUAAAUAAUGUAACUGUAGCUGAUUAAUAUCCCUUCUACAACAGAAAUCAAUGACCCAUGAGGAACUAUUAGGUCAGUGUAGUUUCUAAGGUCAUUAUAAACACUAGUUCUUUGCUGUCACGGGCUGACAGAUGAAAUGGCAGAUCUGUGAUGGUGUGAAAGUCCCCAAGUGUCUCUGUCCAUGGCUGUCUCCUGGUCCACACAGAUCCAUCCACAGCAUCAGUGGGCACCAUCAGUGGGCGAGACUCUGACCAGGGGUAGGGCAGUGGUCACACUGGAAACUGGCAAACACUGGGAGCUCAGGAGUGGGGUGUAUAGCUCCACAGAGAAAGACAGAGAGAGAAAGAGAAAGAUAUUAAGUUUCUGAUCAUGUGAUGCUUAAAGACAAUGUAGAAUUAUGUGUAAAGUGCAGGCAGGGACUCCGGCAAGACUAGCUAUGACAUCAUAACUAAAAGGGAGAAGCAGAAGGUCACAGACAUGAAGGAUUCCCGGGACAUAAAGCAUCCAACCACUCCACAGUCAGCAAACCUGAGUGACCAUGUGAGGGUGGUAAGAUGACAGCAUCCAACACAUCCCAGUCACCAAACACUCUAUGACCAUGAACCUUCCAGAUCUGCUCCUUUACCUAAGAAAACUAUACAUUAAAAGCUCGACUAAACAAAUGUGUCUUCAGCCUAGACUUAAACACUGAGACUGUGUCUGAAUCCCCAACACUAAUUGGAAGGCUGUUCCAUAACUUUGGGGCUUUGAAAGAGAAAGCUCCGCCCCCUGCUGUAGCCUUUGCUACUUGAGGUACUACCAAGUAACCAGCACCCUUUGAUCGGAGUAGGCGUGGCGGAUCAUAAAAGACUAAAAGAUCGCUCAGGACUCUAGCUGCUGCAUUCUGGACUAACUGGAGCUUGUUCCUGCUCCUACUGGAACAUCCAGACACAAUAUUCCUAAGAUGGAAGAAGGCUACUCUAGUGAUAUUAUCUACAUGAGCUUCAAACCAAAGACCAGAGUCAAUAAUCACACCAAGAUCUUUUACUGCUGGACAAGAUGAAACCAAAAGACCAUCCACCAUUACUCUUUUCUGUAAGAACUGCAUCAACACUCAGUGGGAUAGAGAGGUUCACAAAGGAGUCUACAGCUGCCCCGUGUGUAAACAUCACUGUAGUCCACGACCGGUCUUGGGUAGGAAUGUCAUGUUGGCUGAAAUGGUGGAGAAGCUGAAGAAGACACGUGUUCCUGAAAGAACCCUCGCCGGACCUGAGGAUGUGGAGUGUGACGUCUGCGUCAGGCAAAAGCAUAAAGCCGUGAAGUCGUGUCUGGUGUGUUUAGCGUCGUACUGCGAAGUUCACUUUAAUCUUCAUGAAGAGCUGCACCCAGGAAACACACACACAGUGACCGAAGCCAGGAGCAAACUCAGAAACAGGCUCUGUAGCUGGCAUCAGGAGCUUAAAAAGUUUUUUUGUGUCACUGAGGAGAGAUUCGUGUGCUCUGGGUGUCUUCAGUCUGGUUGUAAAAGCCAUGACACCACUACAAUCACAGACAAACGAUUUUAUCAGCAGCGUGAGAUUGGAAAUGUCCAGGCGCAGGUUCUCCAGAGAUCUCAAUCAGCAGAGAGCAGCCUGAAAGAUUUAAGGAAAGCAAUACAUUUAAUCAAGACCAGCGCACAGACAACACUGGAUCAGAGUGAGAAGAUCUUCAUGGAUUUGAUCCUCUCAGCUGAGAGGAAACGUUCAGAGAUUCGAGACAUGGUCAAAGCUACAAAAGAAGCUGAAGUGCAGCGAGCUGUGGACAUGCUGCAGUGUGUGGAACAGGAAGUGACUACACUGAGGAAGAGAGAUAAGGAUCUGGUUCAGCUUGCACAGUUAAACGAUGAUUUCCUCUUCGUCAGGACCUUCAUGUUCCUCUCUGACCUUUCAUCAUGUGGUGAUGUUCCACAAGUUACUGUCAACCUGUCACCUUUUAAAGAACUACAAUCGUCUCUGGAAAGGUUCUCUAUUACAGGAUUAGACACACAGCCCAGAUCAGCUAACAGAUGCCACAUGGUUCAAACUUCUGUUCCGAUCAUCAGAGAGGAUUUUCUUCAGUAUUUUCGUCAGUUGACAGUGGAUCCUAGAUCAGCCUACAAAGCCCUCCAGCUUUCUGAGGGCAACAGAAAAAUAACCUUUGAUGACACAAAACCAAACAAUAACAGAGGGCCUGAGGUCUUUAACUACUUCGCUCAGGCUCUGUGUAGAGAAGCUCUUCAGGAACGCUGUUACUGGGAGGUGGAAUGGGGAGGCCAGCGGGUUUACAUCGCGGUAGCAUACGGAGAUGUGGAAAGACACGGCUGCUGUUCUGAAGUGAACUUUGGACAAAACAUUAAAUCCUGGAGUUUAUGCUGUAAUUCCUCUCAGUUUGAGUUUUUCCACAAUUCCCGUAAGACCGUCAUUUCAGGUCCAGUGUCUACAAGAGUAGGAAUUUAUCUGGAUUACAGAGCUGGAUCUCUGUCCUUCUACAGCAUCACAAACACCAUGACUCUCCUCCACCGAGUCUGCACCAGCUUCACCAAGCCGCUGUACGCUGGGUUCUGGGUGUUCGAUUACUCCAGUGUGAAACUGUGUGGGAGGAAUGAGAAAGUGCUUCCUCACACUCCUCCUCUUCCUCCUCCUGCUGCUACUAAAACUUCAUUAUGUGUAGAUCAAUUUUAUUUUGAAUCAUAUAAUGUAUCCUGGAGUAGGUUUGAGUAAAUUGCUCCAUACAAAUCACUUACCUAUAUAGACUAUAGGCUUUGUUUCCACAGCACUGGACCUGCUGUGUCUUUAUUCUGGUCUGGUGGAGCAGGUAGACAGCAGAUGUGUUCAGGAGCUAAUAUUUCAUUACACAGAUUUAUUUAGGAAUGUCAUCAUUUUGUUCCUUGCAGGUGAACACCAUAUACCCUAGAAAUGUCUUUCUUUUUUUGUGAAACUGUUGGUGACUAUUUUAAGCUUUUCUACUUUUAAAACUCUUUUUAAAACUCUAUUCUAUGGGUGGUUUAUUAGGGCAUAUUGUUAUUAUAAUUAAAUGUAAUUAUUGAGUUGAUCAACAUUUUGAAUCCCGUUUUUUCAACUACGGAGUGAAAUGUUUAUCAGUUUCCUUAUUAUUAGUUAUUAUUUCUCAGGUGACACACACUGCACACAAACUACUGUAUAACAUAGGCUAUAAGAAUCAUAGAAAUAACAUUAAAAAACAUUUUUUAUAUGAAACCUGUUGAACAUGUCCUUGAUUUAAAAAUCUGAAUGAAAUGUUUACCAUAUAAUACAAUACAAAUACAGUCUACAAAAGUUCAAGGUCAAAAACAGGCAGGGGGUCAGGAAACCACAGCAAAAAGCAGGAAAGAGAUGGAAAAAAAAACCCAGAGAGCCAGAGGAGACACUGUGGAGUGUUUAUUUCACAGAGUUGUGUGAAUGGAUGUCUCUUUUCAAAAUCCUGAUCAUACCAUAAUCUUAUCAGUGUCCAUGCCAUAUUUUUUGUACAUUUUGUGAGUAAUUCACAACAUCUGUUCCUUCUGGAGCCUUCAUUGAGCUUGAAGAUGAUUCAGUGAGUCGUUCAGUGAGUCAUUCAGUGAGUCGUUCUGCUGUUCGAUCUCCACGCAGCUGUUCCUGUUCCUCAGAGAACUGACUGCUGGCAUUAAAGUGAUGGUCAUUUGAUUGACAUGAGCUGUGUGUUUGGGUUAAGGAAUACAAAAAUCUUCUGAUGAUCUCCACAGGAAUUCGGACGAUGUUUUCUGGUUUUCCCCAAAACCCAUUUCUGCAGAGGAAGUGGGCUAAACUCAGACCCUGUAUCGUCUACAUUUUAUGGGUUCAGCAGCUGUUUU